UACUUAACGAUAGUUAACUAGGUUAGCCAACUCAGGUUAGCUAAGUAAAGUAACUAAACUUGUUUGGUGAAAAUUACGUGGAGUGGGCGGGGUUUGAGCAGUCACACGGCCCCGCCCCCCGCCUCCCACCUCUGUCACGCCAGUUCUGGCUCUAAUUUGCCUCUACUGCCUCUGCAAGCGCAGGCAAGAUGGCAGCUUCCAUUUCGGCCAUAUUUUGGCUUUAAAACGCCUUAAUGAGAGUAAAUGGGGACCGUCCAGUCCAUACUUUUAUACAGUCUAUAAUCACAACCCAAACUCCACAACGCGCCAAGCAGCACAUUUUUAGUUGCUGCGGAAGCACAGCUCAUUUAGGCUCAGCUCAGCUCACCUCAGGACUUGUUGUGCUACUAAGAUAUAAGGCAGUGUGAGGUUGGUGGAUGGUGGCAGUCGCUGUGCUGGGAGAGUGGAGGUUCUUCAUAGUGUGUGGUGAUGACUGGGAUAUGAGUGAUGCUGCAGUGGUGUGUAGAGAGCUGGGCUGUGGAGAAGCUGUAGAUGCACUGGGCAAAUCUCACUUUGGAUCAGGAUCAGGACCAAUCUGGAUGGAUGAUGUGGACUGUAGUGGAUCAGAGUUUACACUGAAGAAAUGUCAAAGGAGAGGAUGGGGUAAACAUAACUGUAAUCACUCUACAGAUGCUGGAGUUAUCUGUUCAGGUAAAACACUGUAAACAGGGACUGUACAUUAUCUGCCAUGUAGGCAAAGUGUACAGCACAUAUGAUUUUCCUUUUUAACCCACCCUAAAUCUUUGUUGAUUGCCAAGGUAAAUUGGUAUGUUUAAACUGAGCAAUCACCAAACUGUGCUGUACACUGGAAUUCUCAACCAACAAUUAAUUUACUGAUUUUUUUUUACUGAUUUCAUAAUUUUGCUGAUCCAUAUUAAUUUGUUUAAUGUAAUUCAUAGCUUUACUGAACUUAUUUUGAAUCCUUAUACUCUCUUUAGUUUUUUCCAAUGCAUUUAUGAAUCAUUAAUUCGAUCUGGAUGAGUCAUGUGAAGUGUACUGGAUCAGAGUCUACACUGAAACACUGUGGAUCAUUAGGGUGGGGUGAACACAGCUGUAAUCAUAAUAUGGAUAUUGAGCUUACCUGUUCAGAUCACAGGACAUCCAGACUUGCUGAUGGUCCUCAUGUUUGCUCUGGGAGAGUGGAGGUUUUUCAUGGAGCGUCUUGGUUCACAGUGUGUGAUGCUGACUUUGUCCAGCAGGAUGCAGAGGUUGUGUGUCGAGAGCUGGGCUGUGGUUCUCCUGUGGAGAUUCUGGGAGCAGCUGCUUUUGGUAAAGGGAAGGGUCAGGUGUGGUCAGAGGAGCUUCAGUGUAGAGGAGAUGAAUCUGAGAUUACUCUCUGUCCAAUAACCUCUUCACACAAAUACAACUGCUCUCAUGGUCAUACUCAGGCUCGGCUGAUGAACGGCUCAGAUUCCUGUUCUGGUCGAGUGGAGCUCCAGUACCUCAGUGAGUGGGGUACAGUGUGUGAUGUAAGCUGGGAUAUGAGAGCUGCCAGUGUCCUCUGUGCUCAGCUGAAGUGUGGGAGUGCUGUGGCUGUGUUGGGGUCAGACUGGUUUGGGGAGGGGAGUGGCCGGAUCUGGGCGGAUGUGUUUGAUUGUCAGGGGAACGAAACACACCUGUUAAAAUGUCCCAUUUCAUCAUGGAGUCGAACUGCAUGCUCUCAUAAACAGGAUGUUGGACUCAUCUGCAGUGGUUCUUCUCUGGCGUCUCAUGAGGGAGGAGUGCGGUUGUCUGGAGGGAUGGAGUGUGAGGGGGAGGUAGAGGUUUUCUUCAGGCAGGAGUGGAGGAGAGUUCUGCUGGACUCCUGGAGUGAGUCUGAGGCCUCAGUGGUCUGCAGACAGCUGGGCUGUGGUUCUGUACUCAACACCUCCAGCUCCUCUUCAUCCAGUCCUGAACACAGCUACGUGUGUGUGACGGGUUUCAACUGCUCUGGGAGUGAAGCUCAUCUGAGGAACUGCAGCAGCUCACAAGCAGUUAACUGCAGCUCCACAGAACAGAUCUACAUCACCUGCUCUGGCUACAGCUUCAUCAGGCUGGUUGGUUCUGGGGGAGACUGUGCUGGAAGGCUGGAGGUUUUCCACAGUGGAUCAUGGGGGACAGUGAGUGAUGAAUUGUGGGAUAUUGAGGAUGCGCAGGUGGUCUGCAGACAGCUGCAGUGUGGAGUGGCCCUCAGUGCUCCAGUACCAGCCCGGUUUGGAUCUGGAACUGGACCCAUAUGGCUGAAUGAGGUGGAGUGUGAGGGGAACGAGGCGUCUAUGUGGAACUGCAGAUAUCAGCUGUGUGGAGAGGAUGAAUGUGGACACAAGGAUGAUGUAGGAGUCGUCUGCUCAGAGUAUAAAGAGAUCAGACUGACUGAGGGCUGUGAGGGGAAUCUGGAGGUGUUCUAUAAUGGAACCUGGGGGAAUGUGUGUAACAAUGGGAUGGAUGUAGAAACAAUGGGUCUCAUCUGUCGGGAGCUGAACUGUGGAAGAUUUAAGACUGAGAGAGCUACCAAAGCACGAGUGGAAUCAGCUCCUAACUGGCUGGAUGAUGUAAAAUGUAGGAAACAUGACUCUACUCUGUUUCACUGUCCAUCUUCAUCCUGGAGUCAGAACAGUUGUGAUAGAAGCAGUGAGGUGACUCACAUUACCAGCUCCGGAGAGAAGAAACAGCUUGCAUUUGAAAACCUUCAAAAAUUCUUCUUAUUUCCAAACCAGGGUCAGUGCUCAAAUUACAUGCCUAUUAGGUUGAGAGGAGGAGAGGAAAUCUGUUCUGGGAGGUUGGAGGUGUAUCAUAAUGCUGAGUGGGGGUCUGUAUGUGCUGAUCUGUGGGACAUCAGGGAUGCUCAGGUGGUCUGCAGGCAGCUGGGUUGUGGGCCGGCGCUGAGUGCUAAUAGAAGAGCUGCUGAUGGUUCUGGUGGAGGAACUAUCUGGAUGAACAGAGUGAAGUGUAGAGGGAAUGAGAUUCACCUGUGGGACUGUCCUCAUUCCCUGAAGAUCCACACUGGCUGCUCCCACAGUGCUGGAGUCACUUGUGCAGACAUAUUUGUCACAUUACCUUUUUCAUCUGAAACAACUACAACUUACACCACAGUACCAGCACAGCUAACAGAGAAAAAGACAGUCCCUCCUUCAAAAAUUCCAUCAUCUAAUUUUCCAUACAUCUAUCCAGUGUCUCUCCUGGUUCUGGGAUCUGUGCUCUUCCUGGCCUUAGUGCUUCUGGUUGUGCUGUUUUAUCAGAACAGAGUGCUCAGGAGAGUGAUCUCUAAGAGGAGGAAGACUUCAGCUGAGCCUGUCUAUGAGGAGAUUGACACCAGGCUCAUCCCUAAAAGAAUUACUGUCUCAACUGAAAGUAAAGCAGAUAAUGAGGAAAUGCAGUUAAGUUAUGAUGUCAUUUUUGCUGGACAAACACCUGACAGUGCAGCAGAGGAAGAACCAGAUAAUUACGAUGAUGUUAUUGUGGAACAAAACUCAAACAUUGUGAUGGGUCUGUAGAGUUAUGUAUGAGUGAGCAAAUUCUAAUCUUAACAACUAAAACAUCCCUAAUAAAAGUCAUGUUCACUUUAUUUUUGUUAGGAAACAUGCUGGAGCACUGUGAAGUUUUAAAUUAAGGGAUGAAAUUAGUCCCCCUGUGUUAAAAAAAGCUUCUUUUACCCGGUGAAAAUAGUCACACUUCCAUUACAUUAUGCUAACAUUACUUUGUUUUAAAGCAACUGACCUAUAAAGAUAGUGAGCCAAAUUUAGGUCGAGCCAAGUUUAUGAAACUACACACUUUUACUGCAGUACAGAUUUACACUCUCUACUAAAUAAUCCAUCUCAAAAGCAGAAAAACUUACUUUAUACUGGGAGGCUAGAUCGUUAAAUAUAGGGAGUAUAGGGAAUGUUUUCUUCUGAUUUUGAGCUGGACUUUUUAGCAGGGUCAACAUUACUGGCUUUCAGGAGCCUAAUCUUUAAAUUCUUAACAAUUAGCUAUAUUGUAGCGAAGCUGCUUUUAUAUUCUGUUCACUGUGAAUUCACUGUUCUGUUCUGUGCUGGGCUUGUGAUUGGGGUAGGGGGAGGGGCAGAGCAGGAAAGCGCGUGUGUGUGUGUGUGUGUGUGAAGGGAGAGAGAGAGAGAGAGAGAGAAGAGCUGCCCGUGAGUGUGUGCUGAGAGUGAGAGCUAGAGUUAACCAGUUAGCACUAGCCUUUUGUUAUUUUUCGUAGUGAUGGGCAUAACAGCUCUUUUAGAUGAACUGAACCAUUAGAAUAAGAUAUCGUUAGAUACGAUAUACGAUAUACGAUACCAUUAGAUAUCGUAUAAUAAACCCAACAUUUAGUUACAUAUUUCAAUAUUUGUUAUUUAUAUAUAUUUUUACAACACUUGUAAAAAAAAACGGGAGACUUUUCGUAUUAUGUUAUUUGUAAUGUGAUUUAUAUAUAUAAAUCACAUUACAAAUAACAUAAUACAAAAAAUAAGUAUGAACUUCUGCAACAUAGAUAUUACAUUAAGAGCAAAAUUAACAUAAAAACAUUUACAUUCAGAAGAAAGUAUCAACUUCAAUGUGCAAUCAAAUUGAAAAUAAAUAGCGUAACUGUAGUGCAAAACAAAAGGUCAAGAAACUAAAAUAAAUACAUAUAAAUAAAACAAAGACACAUCCAUACGCUCACUGUUGUGGGUGCAGAACAAAUUAAAUCCAAACAGGAUCAUCAUGAUAAAGGUGGCCUUAUGCCCUUUACUUCAGAAACUUUGUCUAUUGGUUAUGAAUAUGCUUGUUAUACAACUAUUAUUACUAAUAGUAAUAAUAUUAUAAAAAAAAUAACCACGAUAACAAUAUACGUUAUUAUUACUAUUACCAGGCCUCAACCUUGUUUUAAUUUUCUCGAGAGCGCCAGCCCUGAUAACAGUUCAGUGAGUGACCGAAUCACUGAGUGAACGAGAGCACCAGCCCUGAUAACAGUUCAGGUGGUGAGCUUCCUGAGGGCUUUGAGGAUAGUUAUCCUGGUGCGUGUCUUUCGUCUGGCCUCUCAGAAGAAAGAUCUGGAGAAGGUCACUAGAAGAAAGGUAUCUGAGAACAAAAGGCGGUAACAAAAAGGAUGGAUUUGAUUUGGAUCUCACCUAUGUCACAGGCACUCUACAGAAAUCCCAUAAAAGAAGCUGCCAUAUUUCUGGACACAAAGCAUCCCGAUCAUUACAGAGUUUACAAUCUCUGCAGUAAGUUAGAUCAUGAAAAACCUGGAAAAGGCAAGGAACUUGAAAAUAGUCAUUUUCAGGCCUGGAUAAGUUUUGGAAAAAAAAACAAAAAAAAAACAAAGUCAAAGUCAAAUUUACUCUUUGUGAUCUUUGUGUUUCCAUUUAUUGACUCCGUUUAUCGACUCCGUUUAUCGACUCUGUUUGUCGACUGAGAAAAGCUAUUUAAAAAAUAAUUUGAUAACUUGAUUGGAGUUUCAGAUGGAAUAUAACUGUAAAUUCACAGAGAAAAAUCUAGGUGUUUAGGCUGUAAUUUAGCUCUUGCUCUCUUCCACUCUUUGGGAAGCAUAUUGGUUAUAUAUGCAAGUAAAUUACCAGUAAUGGUGACAAGAAGGCAACAUUUAAACAGAUGCAUUUAAAAGCUGUUAAAAAAAUAAAGAAUCUACACAAUAUAGACACAACCUAAACAUAUUCCCUGACAGCCAGAUAUAUGCCAAAUUAGUUUAUUUAAAAAUUGAUUCUGUUCAAAGUUUUAAACAGAAGAUUCUAUAUCAUGUUUGAUGAAAGUAUGAAAUACUGUUUACAGGUUAAACAUUAGAAAUGUUUAUCAGUGUUUAAAAUGGGCCUGAGCUGAUUAAUACAUCAGUGCAGAGUGAAGUAAUUUAGCCCUACAUUAUGGAGCGCUCAGAAUUUGACACAUUUUAUUAUUGAAGAUUGUGUCUUAGCAUUGCUUAAAUAAAUGUUUUUUUUUUAUUAUUUAAAUAUAUUUAAUGUAAAUAUAGGCCUACUAUAAUCAGUUUUGAUAUACAUUCUUGUCUACUCUGAUGUUUUAAACACGCUAUGGUCAUUAAAAUGUGCUGCGAAAGCAUAGAAAAGGCACAGAAAAUAAUUUAAAUUUAUAGGUUAACACUAUUUGUAAUCUACAUGUGUAUACAUAUUUUACCCUUGUUUUCUUUUUUUCCAGAGGGAAUUAUAAAAUAAGCUAAAGACUUUCAUGUUUACUACAACUUAAUUAUUAAUCAUGUACCAGUGUUUUAUAGCAAAUGUAACCAAAAAAUGUCCCACAUUAUAUGUCCCAGGUUAUAAUUUUUUGCAUUGUCAGCGAUACCAGACGCACAUUCACACACACACAAUGGAAACAUGAAAAGCUAGACGUGCUAAUGAAACGUAAAAUACUACUGCUUUUACUACUGUUGAUGUUUGGUGCAGCCAUCUUGCGUUCUGAACUUGUGGGUUUAUUCCAGUUGAAAUGUUCUACUUAGAACUUGGAAAUUUCCAGUUCUGAAUUCCUACUUCAGAUGGAAUGCAGUAUAAGGAUUCACAUUAGAGCUCGACCCAACCUGCCCCAUACACUGUCAUUUUGAGCCAAAGCCCGAAUUAAACCUGACAUUUUUUGACCAACCCACUCGUUAGGACUCCCCCUAUCACUAGUAAUGCCCCAACACACCAGGAGGAUGAAGACUAGCACACUCUUUCUCCGAUACAUGUGAAGUCAGCCACCGCUUCUUUUCGAGCUGCUGCUGAUGCAGCAUUGCCAAGCAGCCAGCACAUUUGGAGGAAAGCGCAGCGGCAGGUGAACCCGAGGAACCUGAGGAAAGUGGUGGGAAAUCUCGAGCCAGUGACAUGUUGAACUACACUGCCAGUUUGAGGGAAUGUCAUUGCCAUCCACUGCAAAGGAGGCAAAGGGCGCACGGGUACGAUGGUGUGUACAUGGUUGAUUGACAGCGUUUAGUUUGAGAGUGCGCAGGUGUGGGAAAGGGCAAUGGCAGUGAUCUGAAGGUGCGGAUCAUAGUGAAAAGAGAGCAGGUGUUCCAGUGUGUCUGUGCCACGCAGACGAACUGUAGGCUGUUCCCAGAUACUGAAAACAAUGCCGUGGUGAUCAGCUUUCAGGAAGGGCCAGUGGUUUGUGGUGAUGUUAAGGUCAUGUUUGAAUCCAGGGCUGGUCUUCCAAAGGGGUAUGAGGACUAUCCUUUCUAUUUCUGGUUCAACACUUCAUUUGUAGAGAACAACAGGCUCUAUCUGUCAAGGGAGGAACUGGACAACCCACGUAAGUCCAAAACCUGGGACAUCUACAAGGAGGACUUUGGUGUGACCGUGUCUUUCAGUGACCCUGCACUUAUGUAGCAGACGACACUUGCUUGUGUAUCUCAACUAAAACCCUUAAGCCCUGCACAAGGUCUAAAUCUUUGCUCUAAUGUAGGUUUUCACACACUUAUAAAAGGUGAGUGAUGUUUAGGGAUUGGAUUCGGGCUAUAUAACCUCAACUUUGUCCAUCCCCCAUCUUCACUGUAAGAGCUUUUUACUGAGCCGUGCGUUACACCACAAUAUUAUGCAUUUGUUUGUCAAAUGUUUUUUUUGUCUUUAAAUGAAGACAAAUGUUUGUGUCAGUUUAGCAUAUUAAGCCUCCAAAAUGUAAAUCUUACUCUUUAAGCUUGAGUGUACAUCAAAUAAAGCAAUCGAGGCUGCCACUGUGAAAUGGUCAAUGGUUAUGUGUGCAGAAACAUGUUUUUGUAGUACACAUGUAUUGAAAUAAAUACUAAUGUCUCUGUAA